CAGAGUGCGCACGCGUCGCUUUGUAAACUAGGUUUGAUAAAAAAAACUAGUUGAAUUUGGAACAACUAAGUCGCGUAGUUUUUGCAAAAUGAAUCGGUAUUUGGUGGUGGUUUUGCUUGCUGUGCUGGGGGGUGUUUAUACUCAUACAUACCAUUUGGGAGCCUGUCCUUUGGUAGAGCCGAUGCCUGGAUUUGAAAUGAAUAAGCUCCUGGGUGUAUGGUACGUCAUCCAGAAAACAUCAACGGCUUCUCACUGCAUCACGUACAACUUCACCAAGACGCCCGAGCCCGGGAAGUAUGAGCUGGAACAGGUCUCCCAGCACUUCAUCUUGGGAUUGACUCCGUUGAAGCAUGAUUACAGAUACACCGGUAUCCUGACAGUCCCGGACCCAGCUGUUCCUGCAAGGAUGAAAGUGCGAUUCCCUCUUAGUGUAGCAGGCUCAGCGCAGUACACGGUCAUUGCCACAGACUACACCACCUACGCCGCCAUCUUUACCUGCCAGAAGCUUGCGUUCGCGCACCGAAGAUCCGCGACGAUCCUGUCGCGCGGCAAGGAGCUCGACAAGAUGUUUGUUGACAAGAUGCGCACCAAACUGUCUUCCUUCGGCGUAGACCCGUACGACCUGUCCAUCAUCACGCAGACCGGCUGCCCGCUCCACCCCAAUGGGUCCACAGAGGGCGUCAACAUCAACAUCGAUCCCAACACCUUCUCCUCCCAUAACAUCGGUCAGGCUGUCAGGAAGACUGGAGAGACCAUUGCUGACGGAGUGGAAUACGUCGUAGAAGCAGGCAAGAAGGUUUACCACAAGGUAGCCAGCAGCAAGGAGGAUCUCACCGAGACGCCCACGCAUGGGCGUGAACGUAACCUUGAUAUGGACGCUGAGUGGUUACCUUGAAGAAGUUCCUCUCUUAGUUUAGGUUUAAAGGAGGCUAUAUCGGAUACAUAGACAACAGAUGAUACGCAAAGACAACAAUCUGAUGUAAAGAACCUUAUAUUGAUUAAAAUAGUUUGUAAGUAGGUACUACUUUUUUGAAAUUAAACGUAACUACGGUCACCACUAAAAGUUAAGACAUUUAUGUAAAGUGGUGAAUUUUUUAAAUUUAGCUUCUUCUCAGCAUCAUCAUCAUCUCAGCCAUAGGACGUCCACCCCAAUGCUUUCCAUGUUGCCCGGUUGGUAGUGGCCUGCGUUCAGCGCUUUCCUACUACCUGCUUCUUAGCAUACCAGCCGAUAAAUGUUGUCCAGAAGUGGUGGUAUGAUAAGCUAUAUUGGGACGUAUAAAAGUGCCCCGAAAAGGGCAUACUUAGAAGAAUUGGAACAAGAUCAUUUUGUCGUCAAGAAGUCUCCAAAUACUCAUAGAAAAAUUGCCAAUACAAAAUCCUUCUAGUAUAAUUUAGUACUACUUAUUCCUAUUAUUAUAUACAAGAGAUUUAAACCAAAUACUCAGGUAUUAAAGACGUUUGUGAUCUUUGCCAUAAUUUAUAUUUUAUGUAGAGUAAGUGAUAUCAUUUCAAACAUUAUUGUUUAAAGCUAAGGUGCUUUACUUGUCCUAAUAUUGAUCAAGCAAUACAGGUGCAAUAAAAACAUUACAUAAUACA